UGAUCACAUAAAUAGCAACCAAAUCUCCGUUCAUUUUAGUCUCAAAUCUGAAUCCACGCACGGCGGUGGCAAGAUGGAGCAAUUAUUUUAUAUGUUGUGCAUAUUGCCAGUCACUGCAUUGGCAAUGUCAAACGGGAUAACCACAGAGACAUUACUUCAAGACAGCAGUAAUGAAUUCACAGCAAGAAUGUUCACUGAAGUUACGAAAGCGAAUCCCAAGACGAGCGUCGUCCUAUCUGCAAUAUCUGUUAUGACACCUCUUGCUGUAUUAGCGUUAGCGUCGGUUGGUGCAUCACACGAUGAACUUCUAACAGCAAUCGGAACACCUAGUGAUGACAUUGCAAAAACAGUUUUUCCAUAUGCAAACAAGGAAUUGAAUGCCACUGAAGGAGUCACACUGAACAUAGCUAGUAAAAUUUUUAUUGGAAAGCAUUAUGAGUUAAAUGACAACUUCGUCGCUGUGGCAAAGGAUGUUUUUGAUUCCGAAGUUCAAACUAUAGAUUUUCAAGAGAAUGUAAAAGCAGCUACAGAAAUUAAUACCUGGGCCGAAGAUAAGACAAAUAAUCGCAUUACGAAUUUAGUCGACCCUAGAGGCAUCAAUGGAAAUACUAAAGCUAUUUUAGUCAACGCCAUUUACUUUAAGGCUGCAUGGGCAGACCCAUUUGAAAAGGACUUGACGGAGGUUAAAGAUUUCCACGUGACCGAAAAUAAUGUGAUCCAAGUUCCUAUGAUGUUCCGGAAAGCGUUUUUCUAUUAUACAGAAAGUGAAGAACUGAAAUCUCAAAUAAUUGAAAUUCCAUACAAUCUAUAUGGAUCUUUUCUAUUCGUUGUGCUUCCGCGUGAAAUUAACGGUAUUGCGGAGUUAUUAGAAAAGUUAAAAGACCCAAAUAUUUUAGACAACGUCUGGAAAAAACAUGAUAGAUCAGAAGUAGAACUGAAAUUACCGAAGUUUAAAAUUGAAACUACUACUAAUCUGAAAGACGUUCUCAUUAAAAUGGGUGUCACAAAAUUGUUUGACCCAGUCGAAGCUAAAUUAAAAAACCUGUUGAAAGACGAUGAAGGUUUGUUCAUAGAUUCGGCUAUACAGAAAACAUUUUUGGAAGUUAACGAAGAUGGCACUGAAGCUGGAGUUGUAAACGAAUUCGCUGGUCCUGGAGGUGCCUUUUCCUUCGACCCACCACCGCCAAUAGAUUUCAAUGCUAAUAGACCGUUCUACUACGCUAUUAAAGUUAACUCAUUGACUUUAUUCAACGGAGUGGUGUACGGAGCUUAACGAAUCAAAUACUGAAUACAUUCAGUCGUUCAUC